UUUACAGACCAGUACAUAGUAUCCUCAUAAACACAUCUGCACGACGAUGAGCAGAGGUGCAGAUCAAGAACUGCUCUCGGUGGCAGAUGCUGCCAACCACUGUUCAUCAUCUUUCCAGGCUUGCUUUGAUCUACUCGCCAUAGACCCACAGGUCUCAUCGCUGUUAGAGGAUCAGCUCUCGCGGUUCUCUCUCUGGGCAUCUACCUUGAAGGUUUCUGUAACAGGCCGAGCAUCUUUGGACCAUGCUUUGCGAGAGACACCUAGGGUAAAAGAAGUCGUAAUGGGUCUCUUAUCCUUAUUAGAUGACCAACUACGGGAUUAUCACUCUAUGCUCCUAAAUCUGCCCCAGCUAGCUAGCAACGAACGUAAAGUAUCAUAUGAUACGUUUACCAAUAAGAUCGCGGACGAGAUAAGCUUGCUGUAUCGAGUAAUGAAUACCAUCCUUCGAGCAACGAAGGAAUCUCAGGAUUUAAGAGUAUUUGCUUCGAUCAAAGUGAUGAGUGAAGAUGAAGAGAAAGGACUCAGGACGUCAUUUUACCAUCGGGUACGCGAUAUCUGCCACACAGGGGCCAGUGAGGGACUUGUUAGUCGCCUCGCCGAAACAAUGGUGCUUCGGAGGAAAAGGAUUUUAUACCACAGAAUGCGCCAUGGAAACAAUAAAGCGAUCAACCCACAAGAAAACGAUGGCAAUAAGGUUUUCGAUUUCGUCGUCGCCCGGCCUCCGCCCCCUGAAUCCAGAUCUGCGGUUUUGACAGCGCCAACACUCCAAUUGGAUGCUUACAACAAGGCCUCUGCGUUUUCUACAAUCAGCCGGCCGAGUACAGUAGGUUUUGACAGGCACGAGGCGUUACGUUUUCCUUGUCCCCCCAAAACGAAGGUUUUGCGUCGUUUCAAAAGAUUGGAAGAACAAUGCCGUCGACAGUAUAUGGGCAUGAAUGAACUGGAAACUUCGUCCUUUGGAACCCCAGAGACGACAAAAAAGCUUGCUGCCGACCUAGAAAAGUUGUGGUGUGAAUUGAAUGGUGGAGCUCCAGAAAUCCAAUGCCCUUACUGCUUUCAUGCACUUACUCGAGCGGAUAUUGAGAAUGAAUCCAGAUGGCGAACUCAUGUCAGAGACGAUCUUGACGCAUACGUAUGCCUUUUCGAACCUUGCGAUAAACCACUGCAGCUGUUCAGCAGCAGCAGCGAGUGGCUCAAGCAUAUGCAAUAUCAUGCCCAGCGUUGGAAAUGUAGCCAUUUGUCUCAUGGUCCGCUAUCCUUUGAGACACAGGAAGACUACGAAUUGCACGUCAAGAGAGAUCACCAACGGUCACUGAAUAGCCGGCAAAGCCGAAUACUGGCUGAGACAAAUAGACAUCAACCCGAGGCCUUAUUCGUAGUCUGUCCAAUUUGUGGUGCGCAAAGAUCUACCACAGACCUUCUUAUAGACCAUGUAAUUGGUCAUUUGAGAUCCCUCGCUCUCCAGUCACUACCUAUCCACUAUGACGAUGAGCCACAAAGCAUAGAAAAGGAGCAGAUUUCAUUCCAGCAAAUAUCAGAAAGUACUGCGGGGCGAAGUACAAUUGACAAUGCAGCAUUUUCGAUCAUCAGCAAUCAUCUAGACGCAACUUCUCGGGCAUCAGGAAUGGCGCAUGAGGGCUACAGUACCACCGCCGAGGAAGAACCUUCAAUGAGGUCUGUCUGUGGCGUUGAUGGCUGUGACAUAAUGUUUUCGAAGUCUCACACGGACGACGACAAGCUGCUCCAUUACGAAGACUACCAUAGUUACAACAAAGAACUGUUGGAUAGUUUUCUAAUGAGCCCAGGGGAAAUUGCAAUUGGUCAUCCACUUGCUUGUGGCAUUGAUGAUUGCACGGCAACAUUCACUGGGUCUUGGAAACAUGGAGAUAGAAAGGCUCAUAUCAGGAACAAGCAUGCCCCCAAACCAAGAAUCGCCAACAGUCCAAUGAAAUAUGAAGUCGAUGGUUCUACAUCCAUAUUCUCUGGAGCUGACCCAAAGGGAAACAAUCUGCUUCACAUCCAGACUCAGCAUCCACUCGCAAAAGAACACAGUGACAAAAAUGCCACGAAUGACCGAGUGCAAGAUUUGCAAAUCAAUGACAGCCCUCUGGUUUGUGGAGUGGCUGGUUGUACUACGACUUUUACAAAAGGUUACACACGUGGUAGCAGGGCAAGACAUAUUAGGAGUCAUCACAGUAUUCCGGAGUUUAUCUGUGAAGCUGGCUGUGGAAAAGUGUACAGGAGACAGGAUGCCCGCUUGAAGCAUUACCGCAAAUGUCACCCUCAUCUGGCACAGCCUGCGGUGACACGACGAAGUAGUGUUCGCAAGAUGGAUACGAACGAGGAAACGGCUCGAGCGAAGAGGCUACAAAUUGAUUUUGAGGACUAUGAGGGGGAAAAUGCAUGAUAUUCAAACAGGUCAUUCUCGAUGAAGCGUGGACCAUGACUGAUGAACUGACGAUCAUUUGUUGUCGAUGCCUGCUAAGGUCAAGGUACGAUCAUACAUCGCUUGAUUGGCAUGACAAGAGGCGGUUCUAGGGAUGCAAAGACCAUUGUGUAUUCGUUUCGAUCUCACACGUACACAGAUGGGGUAAAUUGUGGGUUUCAAAGGGUGCGUGUUAUGGUCCUCUAUAUAGAGCUUUCAUCUCGAA